UGCAAUGGAGCUCAAGUCCAGUGCACUUCAGCCCCAGACCAGCUCCUGUCAGAGCAAGCGUAGACGCCAUAAUCAACAACAUCCGCCCCUCGACAAAUCGACCCAUCACCGAUUCCAUCAACAACCACCUCAAACCGGCAUUUUCCAUCGAAUUUCGCGUCGCGUCAUCGUUCCCAACAAUCGCGCAUCACCAAAAAUCUUCUUUUGCACUUCCAUCGCGCCUUGCGCUGCCUCGAACCCGUCGCUACUUCUAGACAGGGGGGGUAACGACGAACCUCCCGGCCCGACAUCGCAGCCGGCGAUAUGGGUGUGAUACGCAAGAAAACAAUCACAAGAGGUGGCGAAGGCGGUGUAAAAUACGUUUGCGAUGUGUGCUCAUCAGAUAUUACAUCUACGGUCCGCAUCCGAUGCGCCGACUCCGACUGCAGUGACUUCGAUCUCUGCGUCUCGUGUUUCGCCAAAGGUGAAUCACGAAAUGCCCACAACCCUGCGACACACGCUUUUCGUGUGAUUGAACAAAACUCUUUCCCCAUUUUUGAUCGAGAAUGGGGUGCCGACGAAGAAUUACUCCUCCUCGAGGGUGCUGAAAUAUAUGGUCUCGGCUCAUGGGCCGAUAUCGCAGAUCAUAUUGGCGGCUUCCGUGAGAAGGAUGAGGUUCGCGAUCAUUACUUAUCGACUUACGUCGAUUCGUCUCACUUUCCACUACCCGAACGCUGUAGCCCUCACGAUUGCGAAUUGGCCAAUGAAAUACCCAGGGAAGAAUUCCAGGCUCGCAAGAAGCGACGAAUAGAAGAACGACGAGAUGCAGCUAAGAACGCGCCCGCUCUACAGCCCAAAACAAAGCCAACAGCUAGUGUGCCUAGCUGUCACGAGAUUCAAGGAUACAUGCCUGGUCGUUUGGAAUUCGAGACCGAAUAUGCAAAUGAGGCAGAAGAAGCUGUCCAAUUAAUGCAGUUCGAUCCAGGUGAUGGAUUGAACCCCAGGACAGGCGAGCUUGAACCUGAAAUGGAGCUCAAGCUUACAGUGAUGGAUAUUUACAACGCUCGAUUGACACAACGUGUAGAGCGUAAGAAGGUUAUCUUCGAGCACAAUCUUCUUGAAUAUAGAGAGAACACAAAGCUGGAGAAGAGGCGGACCAAAGAAGAAAGGGAUUUGCUCCAAAAGGCCAAACCAUUCGCCCGCAUGAUGAACCAGCAGGACUUUGAGGAGCUCAAUCAAGGACUUCUCGAUGAACUUAACCUACGACAAGCCAUUACGCAGCUACAGGAGUGGCGUAACAUGCGUAUCGGCGACCUUCGAAGCGGCGAAAAGUACGAGAACGAGAAAGCUUCGAGGAUUCAGAAGGCAAUUCCCAUGGGAUCCAUGGAUCGUGAGCGACUGGCAUCUGCACAGAGGUCUAAGCAACCUCCUCCUCCCGAACCACCAAGUGGAUCUGCUCUUCUCAUCGCCCCUGAACUUCCUGCUCGACUGCUACCAGCUCCUGCUGCGGAAGUCAAUGGCGAUGCAAAGCCAUUAACAAAUGGCCAUACUGAUGGUCUAACCAAUGGCCAGACAAACGGUCAGGUCAAUGGAGUGACCAAUGGAGUCAACGGUGUAAAUGGAGUAAAUGGCCAUGCAGCUCCUAAGCAGAGAUACACAGCCCAACCCAUCUCCGGCGUACAACCAAUGCCCAUGACCCAAGACACAGCCCCAGACUUGCACCUCCUCACGCCAGAAGAGAUCAAGCUUUGCGAAAUCAUCAGACUGCAGCCCAAGCCAUAUCUUAUGAUCAAGGAGCAGAUCCUAAAGGAAGCUCUCAAGACAAACGGCACGUUGAAAAAGAAGCAGGCCAAAGAGAUCUGUAGGCUGGACUCGCAAAAGGGAGGACGCAUAUUCGAUUUCUUUAUUAAUUCAGGAUGGGUUGGCAAGGCGUGAUCUGGUUGUUUACUGUUUAUAAUACCCUUUUUGAAAACGAGGAAUGGAAUUGGCGCUGAGCGUUUGCUGGGAAUUAUGUAGUAUAUGUUACGCUUCUGUGGAUAGAUGUCACCGAUACAAUGUUACAAAAUUAGCUACUCAUUUUCGAGGCUCCAAUUAGAUGUAAUUGCACUUGUCUACAGCUGAGAGGUUAUGAGGCUUCGCCCCUG